AUGGCUUCCCGCACAUAUCUCGCGUUUCAGCAUGAUGCAAGUCUUCAUACCCUGGAGACUACGGUGACAGCUGUGCACCCUUUUGAUACACUCGACGAACCCAGCCAGCAACUCUUCAAGGAGGCCAAGGAUUGCCAUGUUGUGGUGACCGAGAAGACCAUCUUUCAUCCCCAGGGUGGCGGUCAACCUUCCGAUGUAGGUGUGCUGACGGGCCCUACGAGUACUUUCACAGUCACGGCAGUUCGCAUGGAUGCCAAGGGACAAGUGCUUCACCUGGGUGUUUUCGAGCAUCCAUCUGCAAUUUUCAAGACCGGAGAUCCAGUCGAACAGGCCAUUGAUGCCGAAAAGCGGCUGCUUUACUCCCGCCUUCACACCGCAGGCCAUGUGCUCGGUUCUGCAGUCCGACACCUGCUGGAGAAGGAGAUUGACGGCUUUGAUGAAUUAAAGGCGUCGCACUUCCCAGAUUCCGCGUCAUGUGAAUUCAAAGGCUCCAUUGAGGGAAAGUGGAAAGACCCGAUCCAGCACAAGUUGGACGAGUUUCUCGCGGCCAAAAUGCCCGUUCAGAUCGAGUGGUGGGAUGAAGAGGAUUUCCGCUCGCGAGGACUGGAGCGGAUGAUCCCAGAUCGCAGUCUAGUUCCCGCCGGUGAAAAGUCCCGCGUGGUCAACAUUGUGGGGGCUGAAGUGUAUCCGUGUGGAGGCACGCAUGUUGAUACUACGGAUCUGUGCGGGCCGGUGACAGUGAAGAAGAUCGCAAGGAAGACAGGCAACUCGCGAGUCAGCUAUGCGGUGAAAUGA